AUGAGUGUAAAUGAAAUCCCUAAGUUGCUAUGGUUGUCGACGUCUAUCUUGUUUAGCUCCGCGUCCUUGUUGAUGAUCCCGGUUUCUAUGUUUCUCUCAGAUCUUCGAGUACAAUGGGAGCGCCGUUGUGGCGAUGGUUGGGAAGAACUGCUUCGCCAUAGCGAGCGAUCGGCGGCUUGGUGUGAAUCUCCAGACCGUCGCGACAGAUUUUCAGAGGAUCUUCAAGAUACACGACAAGCUGUACAUUGGUCUGUCCGGCCUCGCCACUGACGUUCAGACCCUGUGAGUGGAUACAUCCGAUUAAUCCCUUACUGUGCGAGGGAGUUUCCCUCAUUCUCCCGUGACAACCUCGUUCAUUUUUUCAUAUUACAUAGGCACCAACGGCUUGUGUUCCGUCACAAGCUGUAUCAUUUGCGAGAGGAGAGGGAUAUGAAGCCUCAGACUUUUGCUAGCUUAGUGUCGGCUAUGCUCUAUGAGAAGAGGUGCGGGCUCUCACGAAUUUUAUAUCCUACUUCAUUCUUGUUGUUUACUUUUUUUUUUCGUGCGGAGGCCGUUACUUUGUGGUGUUUGAUGCUCGACGUCUGAGUUCUUAUUAAGCUAACCAGACCUGAGAAGAAUGAAAUUGACCUCCAGAAUGAUAUUUGGAAAGUCCGGCACAUAGUCUUAUGGAAAUAAUAAAGAUGGAGAGCAAUCUGUUCGAGUAAAUAUUCCCUUAGGAGGUCAGUCUUAGACACAGAUCAUGCCAUAGUUCAACAACCCAUAAUAAUCAGCAAUGACAUUUUUUAUUCAAAUAGUCAAUUCAUUAGAAACAAAAUCAACAUAGAAUGAUUGCUUGUAUGCUGAAACACGUUGAAAUACUUCAUCUCCAAGUAAACCAAAUUAUAUGGUAAAAUUUAAAUACUGUUUCUCACAUCCAAAAGAAAUUUGAAAAGAUAUUCAAUCAGAAAAGUCUGGACGACUCUGUAACUUAUAUUAUGACCGUCUAUUUGGAGACAUGGUGAAAUUGGAAUGACUACUGUUGAAGAUCACAUAAGAUUAAUUUCUAUAGUUAUACUAAAAAAGACACUGCAGAGCCCAUAAAGUGUUAUGAUGAUUCUGAUAUCCAUAUGAUUAAAAACGAUGUCAUCCACUCACAUAACUCCCAAGUAUUAAUCGCUCAAUGUAAGUACGUACGUUUUCAUGGCCUUAGCACCUUAGUUAGCAAACUGAAAAAGGCAUUUCCGGUAGAGAAUGGUUUUUUUUUAAAUGUUGGAGAAGAUACGCAAUCUCUGGCAAAUAAAUGACAUCACAUUAGCAAGCGGUACGUGAUGAUGACCGAUAGGCUGAUCCCUUGGAACGCAUAAAAAAGUCCCUUCGCUGUUUUCAGACCACAUUGAAGCAAAAAAAAUCAAAGAAACAUGUGAUACUGCAUGAUACUCUAUAUGAGAUGAUAUAUGAUCACACAAUGGUGUCCCGGAUAUUAUGUUUUAAGGUUUUUCCACUCUUUACUUGAUAUCCUUUUUAUUAGUCCUUGACAGAAGUAUGCCUCAAUCAUCUGGCAACGGGAUAGCUUUCCUAAUAAUGAGGAAAAAGAUCUUGGAAGCGCACUUUAAAUAUCUUCAUCUUUCAUUAUGGAGGGGAAGAAAGAGCCGCAAGCACACUUUUUCCUACAUUAGUGCUAGCAUCAAUAAAUCUAUUCGAGUUGUGGAUGUGCAUUUUGAAAGGGGAGUCCAGGUGGAAUAGCGAGGGGUGGCUUUAAGUUGGUGAAUAAUUUUUAAGAGGAUGAAAUACUCUUGUUUCUAUGUUCCGAGUUUAAGGGUUUAUGUUUCGUUGUGCUCUUGGGGGUUGGCUUAUUACUAACGUAUAAUCAAUAUAUGGUUGCCAAGGGUUUCUUUUUCUCAUGGAAAAUGAAUAAAAUGGAGAAAUUUGUGCCAUCAUUUAUGCCCUGUGAUAUGGCACUGAUAUUUUAAAUGAAAGGGGAAAAUACGCUGGGUAGAUAAUAGGGUCUGGGAGAUGGGUGAGAAAGAAGGAUAAUCAUUUUGAUGACCAAAAAGGGGAAUGGAGUGGACUUUCUCGUGUCUUGGAGGUAUAUAAAAAGAUAAGGGUUUGUGUCAUGUGAAAGGAUACAACGGAUAUGAGGAAGCAUUUAAGUUGCGUGCUGGAAUUAGGAUUAAUACAUAGGGUAGGGCGAUAUUCUUGAUCGCCAUAGUGACACCACAGCUUGCAUUCUCGAGGAAAAAAAUCUGAACCUGGUAUCACGAAUAAAACUCACGCCUUAAUGAGGAAUUAGGGCAAAGGAAGCAAGAACCCUGAAAGAUUGUCGGAUCAAAAUGAAACCAGUUCAGCUUUUGUUUAGAUUCCAAUUUAUGAUAUACUAAUGAAUAACGACAUACGUUUUUGUUGUUUUUUUUAAUUUUUUGGCGCAAUAUAACUCACGAAUAUAAAACCAGUUAGUCUUUUCUUGUGUUGAAUGAUCCCACGAAUGAGUCACUAUUGGAUUCAUGCAUGAUUCACCUCUUUGUAGUAUUUGGUGCAUUUUUUUCAAAGGGACAUGGAUUAGAAGUGAACGUUUUGGGAUUAGAGGAGUUAAGCAGAAACUCUUUUCUAUGUCCAUGUCAGGUCUUUGUGCUGAUAGCAGUUCAGCUAUGCAUGCACAUAUGCUAAUGAGUGUUCAAAUGUUGCCAUCAGUAAUGAGAGUAUUUGGGCCCCCUUCUUUUUAGUGUGCAUGGGAUGUUGUACGUGGUGCUGUAUCCGUUUUUAUAUUUUUGGCUACCAUGAAUUCUAUAUUUUUGUGAUUUCACAACUGCCUCCAGGGCUUCAUUACUUAGUUAGCUUUUGUGUGAGUAGCCAUAGGUACAUCACUCUCGUCAUAUUUGCAAUAAUGACGACAUUCUAAGAAAUCACCUCUUAAUUUCCUUUGUUUAUGCUAUGGAAAUCAGUUAAAAAUCGCUAAGGAUAAUGACCUUGAUCUUGGGUUUUUUUUUUCUUCAUUCCGUGAUUUGAAUCACCUAAUCUCCUAAUUUGCAAAAGGAAACGUUUUUCAUUAAUACAAAUAUAAUGAUUUGCAAUGAAUGCAAUAAUUUUAAUCCUUUAAACGUUCAAAAGUAAUUUAAAAUUUAGUUGCUUAUGUUCACAUCAAAUCACUCAACUAAUAAGGGCAAAAAAUACGUAUGAUAUUUAUCAUAGGCCGUAGAACUUGUGUAUGGGUUCGGUUCAGACAUCUAUCGAAUGUUAAAAUUGUGUCCAUGUAUUGCAAUAAGUUUUAUUUAUUCUUGUAGCAAAUAGCAUGCCUUUUUUUUUCUCAAAUAUACGGAUAUCUCAAAUGAUAAGAUAUUUCCUCUCAUUUUAUUUAUUCUUUUUUUUGUCCAUAGAUUUAUAUAUCUUGGACAUGAAAUAGCAUGAAGCCGAUUGCUACUUACUUUAUCUUAUAGGUUUGGUCCAUACUUCUGCAUGCCCGUGAUUGCUGGACUAGGAGAUGAUGAUGUCCCGUUCAUUUGCACAAUGGAUGCUAUCGGCGCCAAGUAAGUUAUUUGACGAACACCAUGAUAUGCGUACAAAUGAAUGCAGAUGAUACACUUGCUAAUCAAUAUGUUUCACGCCCAAGUCAAGUUUAUUUGACAUUUCUUACUUCAACAAUCUUAGCUCUUAAGCUCAGAGUUCUUCCUUUCCUUUGGUACAUUCUAACCUCCACUGAGGGUGGUUAGAUCUGCUGAAUCCCUUGAAAUCACUUUUUGUCAGUCAUUCUUAGAACACCAUAUCCUUUUUAUUUGGAAGCAGAAAGUUUUUGGAUCAACAACCCCCCCCCCCCUUCCUACCGAUUUCGCAGUUACUCACCUUAGUUUAUAUUUCUAAUAAAAAAAAUUCUCCAAGGAUACGGAUACAACAAGGUAAAAGAUAUCUGGAUUAACUCUGAUUUGAAAGACGGAAUGCAUGCAUGCCUCAGUUGGGUUCAUGUUUAUCUCCUCUUUAGAAUUCUUUCUGUUUCAUUUGGACCCACCAAGAUCGAUCAUCCAUUUAGUAUCCCACGUCCCGGCCUGGAGAUGGAAUCAAACGAUACUUGCUGGACUCAAAAAAGCUAGCAAACGAUCUUGUGUCGUGAGCAGCCAGCCUAUCAAUCUCUCCCUCAAAUUGUCUUGAAUGAUCUUGUGAGAUUAAAUAAAUAGGCGGCUCAAUACACUUCAUAUAGCUAGCAUCUUCUAUGAACAGCAGAAAUGAUUCAUUUUCACGUGUGUGUGUGUGUGUGUGUGUGCAUAUUCCUCUACUUGUGAUGCUGCAGGGAGCUAGCGAAAGACUUCGUGGUGUCUGGCACUGCAUCCGAGUCUCUCUACGGUGCCUGCGAGUCCAUGUACAAGCCCGACAUGGUCAGUGAAUGGCUCAUACAUACCACAGUGUGACUUGAUUUGAUGCAAAAAAUAAAAACUUGAUCUUGGAAAUGUGUUACAGGAGCCCGAAGAACUGUUCGAAACAAUCUCCCAGGCGCUUCUCUCAUCCGUCGACCGCGAUUGCUUGAGCGGCUGGGGAGGAUACGUUGUGCUCGUGUAAGUGCAACCAGAGAAAAUGAGAUUUAUUUUUUUAUAUAUAUAAAAAAUGUGCGAGGAAAUUUCUCUUUAUUUUAUCAUCUCUCGCUCUUACCUUUUUUCCUUGCCUUCGCUGGUAAAUUUCUCCCAUCUCUGAGCGAACCCUUGUGCUGUCUCUUUGGGCAAAUCACAGGACUCCGACUGAAGUGCAGGAGAGAACCUUGAAGGGGAGGAUGGACUGA